UUCCUUCCUCCAAAUUCUUGAGUCAGUUCAAGGAAACUGCUCCUGCACUGAGAGCUGACCUGCCUUCAUAAAAUGAACACAACAGCAUUGCGGCUGCUUGUUGCCUGUUCGCUCCUAAAGUUCUACCUAAAGAAGCAAUGAAGGACAUCCCUGUACUACUGUUUCUCCUGAGUCUGUCCACAACUACGGUCUGCUCGAAGCCCUAUAAUGCAGACGCAUAUGGAAAGUGUCUCAACUCAACAAUAGAAUACGUGCCAGAAGAAUCUGAUCUUUGCUGUAAAAAAUGCCCUCCUGGGCAUCGAGUGCUAAAACCAUGCUCACCAGAUGAUGAGACUGUGUGUGAACGAUGCCAAGAAGACAGAUACAUGGAAGACUGGAACUUCGCUUCAAACUGUCGAAUCUGCAACAAAUGCAAAGCAAAAAAAGGUCUUCAGUUCGCCUGGCAGUGCAGCUCUACCAAAAAUUCGAAGUGUCUUUGCCUACCCGGGAUGUACUGCUUGAUUGGAUUUGAAGAUCCAUACUGCUCAGACUGUAGGAAGUACACGGCAUGUAAAGUUGGUUAUGGAGUUUCUGUGCAAGGCACACUGGAUAAGGAUGUGAAGUGUGAACAGUGUCCCACUGGGACCUUCUCCAACACUGUCUCUUACAUUGACCCCUGUAAGCCUCAUACAAACUGUAAUGGGAGGGCAAUUCUGAAUAAAGGUGACAACAAAUCUGACAACAUUUGUGAAGCAUCGGCAACGGAGCCGAAAGCUGAGACUUCUGUUGCGUCUACGACUACAGUUACGACUACAAUGGCAACAGUUUCAAAUUCAAUGAUGUCACUGAAUGGAGAAAGAAUCUCCAUUCAGUCUGUCAGGCCUUCGGUUUUAAUGACGGCACCCACCUAUUCAAUAAAGAACGAGCCAACAACCACAACAAGUGACGGAGUACUAGCUGCAGCCAUUGCUGGUGUCACUGGAGGCGUUUUGCUUUUAAUCAUUUUCAUCCUCUUGCUGUGCCUUUGUAAAGGAACCAGGGGGAAAGAUGCUGCACGCUUAAAUAAAGAUGAAAAUGGAAACUGUAAAAGUGGUGAUAAAAUUGGUCCAAUCUAUUUGGGGGAAUCUCAGCUGACUUCAUUCACAGUUACCUCGCCAGAACAAGUCUCUCUACUGGAGAAAGGGGAAGCUAUCAGUGACCAAAGUCAAUGCAGUAACUAUUCUGAAACUUUAACCCGAACAGAAGGUUACAGCAGCCAUGAGUCCAUCAGCCCUUUACAAUCCACUUUGGCGCUUAACAAUCUAACUUCUGGCCUGUCGGAGCCCAUGACUCUCCAGACCGACACAGAGUCUGUCACUCCUGUCAGCAUCCCACCACAGUCCUCAUCUCAGCCCACCAGCCCGGUCAUCAUCAGCCCCGUGACUAACAACCCCCAUGUCAAUGUCAACAUCACUUUGCACAUAAAUGGAAAUGGGUCUUAUGGGAGCCCGUCCUUCAUGCCCACAGACUUAAAACAAGAAGGUGAACUUCCCUUUGGAGAAGAGGAUGAGUCCUUCAGCACCCCACAGCAAGAAGCGGGCAAACAGUCACUUAUGUCAGUGCAGGAGAGUACCACUUACAGUGAAGAAGACUCAUCUAUCUGAAAGACACAUACAUUUUUCUCUUUAUUUAUCCCCUCCCUCUCUCGCUCUCUCGCUCUCACUCUCGCUUUGUCGCGACACAUGAUUGAAAACAAUCUGACUCGAUAAAGAGAUCUACUUUUACUGUACGUAAGCUAUGUUUUAUCCUGUGUUUUUGCUGCUAAAUGUCAGAAUGUGAUCCUUUUUUCCUGGUUCAAAAUUAUUAUCCUUUACUUUAUGUGUUCAUUUGUGUAUACAGUACACUGUAGAUAAAGAUGUGAAUAUUGUAUUCCCCUUACUGAUGUAGAGACAUAGAAAAUUAAAAAGGGAUGUAAAUGAUCACCUGUAAUCUGCAGUAAUUAUCAUUUUCAUCUUUAAAAGACAUAAAAACUAUAAUUGACUUUAAAUAACUUAUUUGACCUCAUUUGACCUUAGUUUUUUUGUUAAUUUGGAAAGCAAGUGGCACCCCAUCAGUGGCGCCACCAGGGGGUGGCCAGGGGUGGCCAUGGCCCCCCCUACAAAUUUGCUGGCCACCCCAUUUGCCUCAAUUAAAAAAAUAAAUAAAUAAAAAACAC